GGUAUUAUAGGUUUAUCGGAGAACGGUAGGAUGUACCUAGAGCCUAGAAAAGGUAUAAAAUCACUCCGAGGCAGUUGCCACCUCGCACAUCGCACCGUCUCAUCCCCAGGUGCGGAUAGUAGAAGAAGCGUUAGAAACCGCAGCGGCUCGUAGGAACGACGCUAAGUUUACAUCGUCAUUCGAACGAACUGCAUAUUCCGUAUCGUUCGCCGGGAGUCGUCAUUUCAUCCGAACCGCUGCUCGCGUUAGACGGAAACGUCAGGGAAAAAAAAACAAGGAAAAGUUCCAUCCACGCGAACACCAUGAGAGCGGCCUUCGUAACAACCAGCUGGUUAAUUACGUUCCUGACUGUAACAACCGGCAGACCGGAACCACCGGUGAACCAAUACCUACCGCCAAAUCAACAGUUUACUCCACCGCAAGGAGGAUCGAUCUUCGCCGAAUCGAACGAACCUGCGGGACCCGUAGGAGGAAUUCAGUAUCUUCCCCCGAACAUGAACGACUAUCCCGGUUCCCGCGGAGGUCAAGGGUACGACGAGGGCGCGGCCAACGAACCGUCGAGGUACGAGUUCGAGUACUCGGUGAACGACGUGGAGUCGGGUAACGAUUUUGGGCACAAGGAGAGCCGCGAGAAUAACGUAGCUCGCGGUGUCUAUUACGUUUUGUUACCAGACGGUCGUAGACAAACCGUAGAGUACGUAGCCGACGAAAAUGGUUUCCGGCCAAAGAUGACGUAUACGGACGAGGGAAACGGUAGGGGUGGAAGCGGGAAUAUUAAUGGAAACAGAAACGAAGGUGGUUACAACUACUAACACCCAUGGUAUACGCAUAGAAACGUGCGCAAAAUUGUGCGACGUUACGAUGAAAAGUCGAAAAAUUAAUUACAAUCGUCGAGAGUUAGUUGUUUUGUUUUUUUUUUUCUCUAAGAUUCUAUAAUCACUAAGCUACGCAAAUGUAUAAUUUAAUUUUUUUGAUAAGAAACAAUUCACA